AUGGUCCGUCUCCCCAUCAAGUGUCAACCUCCAGAGGCUGCAGCUGAAACCAGAAGACUAGCUGCAAGCAGCCUAAUUGGAACAGAGCGUCGAUUUAAGCAAGAUAUCAAGUUAUCCGAAGCCUACUGCGAGUUCAUGGAUAAAUACGAAUCAGACGGUCACAUGAAGAGAGUGCCAGAGGAGGAAUUGAACAACCCAAAGGCUUGGUACAUACCACACCACGCAGUAGUCCAACAAACAAAUAACUUGGAUUGGAAAUUACGAGUGGUGUUUAACGCAUCAAGGUUAACCUCUCAGAAAAAAUGCCUUAAUGACUUCCUGCAUGCUGGACCUGCUCUACAGAACGACAUUGGCCUCAUACUAUUAAACUUGCGCAGACACAGAGUCGUUUUCACCGCGGACAUAGUAAAAAUGUUCCGCCAGAUCCUCGUUCAUCCGGAAGACCGCGAUCUACAACGAAUUCUUUGGCGAUCAACUCCGGAGAAACCCAUCGAAGAAUAUCGGCUCUGCACCGUCACAUAUGGCACGGCGUGCGCGCCAUAUCUCGCCAUCCGCACCUUGCAACAACUUUCGAUCGAUGAAGGAGCUCAAUUUCCACUUGGAGCGGACUGUUUGCUAGAUAACACCUAUGUCGACGAUAUCUUCGACGGCGAUGAUGACGUCCUACACGCUGAGAAGAAACGAGAUCAAGUGAUAGAUCUCUGUGCGAAGGGGAACCUUAAGUUAGAUAAAUGGGCAGUAAACCACCCCGACCUACAUCCUUCAUCUUGCGCACCACCAUCCUCGGAGAUCAUCGACAAAAACACAGUUUUUAAGACUCUGGGGAUACUUUGGGAUUCAAGAGUCGACUACUUUGCUUUCAACAAUCCCCAAAAAACACACAUCUCGGAGGAUGCAACAAAAAGAAUUAUUUCCUCUACCAUUGCCAAGCUGUACGACCCUUUGGGCUGGCUCGCACCUAUCACAGUGGUCGCCAAGAUCAUGCUCCAAGAUAUCUGGAUACUCAGAAUUGACUGGGAUGUUGAACUCCCUACUGAAGUGCAAGAGCGCUGGACGCAGUACUAUCAAUCCCUAGCUGGAUUAUCAGGUAUCCAGAUACCACGCUGGCUGGGAAGCUUUUCGAAUUCGCUGAUCGAACUCCAUGGCUUCUCAGAUGCUUCCACUCGAGCCUACGCCGCAGCGGUCUACGUGCGAGUUCUUAAAUACAAAGAGGACGCUCAAGUUACACUUCUUGCAGCGAAGUCCAAAGUCGCUCCUAUUAAGACUGCAACAAUACCGAAGCUAGAACUCUGUGAAGCUGCUCUCCUAACUGAACUGCCUUCGGUGAAAUGGAGACACGUGCCUAGCCAAGAAAAUCCGGCUGACCUAGCGACACGAGGUCUUCAACCAGAGACCCUGCAAGAAAAUAAUCUUUGGUGGCAUGGUCCACAAUGGCUGUCCCUAUCACCGGUUAAUUGGCCUUCUCAAUCCCAAGGUCACGAUACCAAUAGCGAGGAAGUGCAAGCGUUCCUUACUGUCGAAGCUGAAGUCAACAAUGAGAUUCUUUCGAGAUUCUCCUCUCUGCAACGACUUAUUAGAGUUGUAGCAUUCUGCCUGAGAGUGUUCCAGAACUUUAGAGCAAAAGGCUCUGGAAACUCUUUCAAGGAUACGGCCCUUUCCUUGACCGAGAUAGAAUCUGCCAGAUCGACGGUCUUAGCGAUAGCGCAGAGGAAGACAUUCUCUGAGGAGAUAGAUUCUCUGAAAAACGGGAGAAACAUUCCCAAACAUAGUAAACUCCGCAAUCUCAACCCCUUUUUGGACAAAGCAGGAAUCCUCCGAGUUGGUGGACGUUUGAAACACUCUUCUCUAGUCUUCUCCUCGAAGCAUCCACCGAUUCUCCCAAAAGAUUCACCACUGACCCCCUUGUACGUGAACUUAGCGCACAAGGUCUCGUGUCAUGGAGGGCCAAAGCUAACCCUCAGCAUCCUUCGAAACUUAGUGUGGAUUGUUGGUGCAGCUUCACUAGUGAGAAAACUGGUACGCACGUGCGUGCCCUGCCACCGAAUUAAACCUCGCUUCCCGACGCAGCUCAUGGGUGAUCUGCCACCUGCAAGGAUCGAACCGGCUCGUCCAUUUACAAACUGCGGCCUUGACUAUGCCGGACCCUUUCAACUGCGGGCCACCAAAGGCCGUGGAUUCAAAUCCUACAAAGGAUACAUUGUAGUCUUCGUUUGCUUCGCUACGAAGGCGAUCCACUUGGAAGCGGUGAGUGAUAUGACGACUUCAACCUUUCUAGCAGCUUAUCGCAGGUUUACAGGAAGAAGAGGUCUUUGUCGACGACUGUACAGCGACAACGGAACAACAUUUCAAGGGGCUGACAGAGAACUAAGAUCCAUGUUUAAAAGGGGAUCCACAUUCUACAUGGAAGCCGCAGCAGCCUUCGCGAACGACGGAGCGACAUGGAGCUUCAUCCCCCCAAACUCACCUCACUUCGGUGGACUCUGGGAGUCCGGAGUGAAAUCUGCAAAGCACCAUUUGGCUCGACUGAUGAUCUCCCGGACAUUUACGUUUGAAGAGUUUAGCACCCUUCUCACCGAAAUAGAAGCCUGCCUGAACUCAAGGCCUUUAUGUGCCAUGUCAACUGAUCCCGAGGAUCUUAACGCUCUAACCCCUGCACACUUUCUGAUCGGAAGUACAUUGGCAAUGAUCCCUAACGAAGAACCACCGAAAGUACCUGACAACCGAUUAAGCCGCUACGAACUUAUUCAAAAAAUAAGGAACAACUUUUGGAGAAAAUGGUCCCAGGAGUACUUACAGUCACUGCAAGUUAGAGGCAAAUGGCAGCAAUCUUCAGACAAUCUAAGUGUAGAUCAGUUAGUACUCAUCCAGGACAAUCGAUGUCCUCCCGCGAAGUGGCCUUUGGGAAGAGUGGUUGCGGUUCAUCCGGGAGCUGACGGGAAGGUCCGAGUGGCUACAGUGAAAACAAUUCACGGAACAUAUCGUCGCCCUAUCGUGCGACUUAGCCCAAUACCGCCACCUUUUUAG